GGCAUAAGCACCGAUAAAUGUUGGAUCACCUGGAAUAAAUAUAAUAUACUAUGGCUUCCUCCCGAAUACCAGCCUUCUACAUCUGCUGUAUGGCCUUAUGCACCAUCUUUUACGUCGCCACAGGUGCUGUUAACAGACGUAGCUAUAGCUCUAGGUAGUGGUUUAGGGAGAGUGGUGGUAUUUAGGAUGUCGGGUUCGGGGCUAUUUUCCCUAUAA